AUGGAUAUGUACUACAGCAUGCCUGCUACCACGUAUCUCCCUCCUGCCGGUCAUUGGGAAGACACUGCCGACUGGCCAAAAUCCUAUUACUACAUUCCUAACCAGAGCCCUGCACCACAGGGAAUUCACCCACCAGGACCGAUCUACUCUGCCGCACCUACAACGACAUCUGCACAACCCGCAAUGUACUACUACCCUGGUGGACAAGGCUUCGCCGCAGGAUACUAUGCCAAUGGCAUGUACUACGGUAGUCAAGCACCUUCUGCACCCGCUUCUGGUUGGCCCUUUGCUGGGCUAGCAGGUAAUCCUCUGACCCCCGGUACCCUCUGGAGCCCAGCAAGCGCCACAGCCCAGGUUGCUGCUGCCAUCGCCGCCAAUACAGCACUCGCUCAGCAGCCCAAUGCACCAUCGUACUUUGUCGGUGGUACCCCUACUGAAAUUGCCACCCAAGCCGCCAUCAUUCAAGCAAACCUCGCUGCUCUCUCUGCAGCUCAGCAACCCACCACACAUGCACCAUUCAAGCCCGGCAAUGGCUCUCAAGUCUGGGUCAAGGAGGUUGACGGAAGCUGGACACUGAAGGAUCUUACUGAUGCGAUCGAUUUGGGUCCUGGUCACUGGGAACAACAUGCUGUGAGCAAGUAUUGGUACUUUAUCAAGCACGUUGCGUGA